AUGUUGGUGCCAAAGAAUUUAGAUAUAUGUCCUAAACUAUGGGCCAGGUCAUUCACAGGAAACGUUACUUCCACUGCUGACGCUUUCAAGUCUUGGGAUACUUGCAUGGACAACCGUGCAUGUAAAAUUAUUGCUAUUGUUGGAAUAGUUUUAGCAGGAUUGCUUCUAAUUUGGAUAUUAUCAUCAAUUUUCCGAUGCUGUGUCCUGGGCGUAACUUGUGUUCAAGCAUUCUGUUGCUGUUGCGCAGGAUGUGGCUCCCGUCGACCUCGUAGGAGUGACGAAGAAAUGUAUUAUACUAAUCCUAAUAUGUAUGCCCACGGACCCCCUCUCCAACGGAGUCAACCUCAGAGAAUGUAUGAGCCUGCACUUGAAGUCGACGAUGAAAGUAAAGAAUAUUACGAAAGAAAAAAUCCAUUUCAAGACACUUCAAGGACGUAUAGAGGUAAUACGUAUUAG